GAAAGGGAGGGGGCCGUAAACCUGCAGGCGCUUCUUAUCACCUGCGAUUCAGCAGGUGAUCAGCUCAGUGUUGCUUUUCAGGCUUUGGGAAAACACAACCGAGCCGAUAUGGCCUACACCGUUGGUUUGAUUCGGACUGGACUCCUCGUUUUCUCCAUUUGUGUGUGUGUCGUUACCGGAAGUCCUAUAGGUACUUCAACCAUAAGUUGUGAACAAGAUAACGAUCAACUUGUGGGUGCAGUGAAUGAAGGAUAUGAAGGAGAUGUGGAGGUGGUGAGCGGGAUCAUGGCAGGAAGCGGUGUGAAGCUGGUGUCCUACCUCUUCCCAGCCCACCUGGAGUAUCUGCAGCUGAGUUUCACACUCGGAGAUACCAGCGCCACUGUUCGCACCAAGAAGACACUGGACGCAGACACGUUGGCAGCCACUGGCAGCACCUUGUAUUACUCUGUCAUGUGUGACGACGUCAUUAAGCACAACAACACUCGGACACUGAAGAUCAACGAUCUCAAUGACAACAGCCCGAUAUUUGAACAUAAGUCCUACAGCAUUUCUGUCUCUGAGACACAAGCGGUGGAGAGCGAGGUUCUUCGAGUGAAAGCUACAGACGGAGACAGCACCCCAGCGAACAACGUAGUGACAUAUUCCAUGGCACCAACGUCAGAGGACUUUAUUGUGACCAACUCUGGGGCUUUUAUUUUGAAGAGACGUUUGAACUACAAUUUAGUGCAAACGUACAUCUUCCUUGUGACGGCCAAGGAUAACUUGGGAUUAAAUGACACAGCCACUGUGACCAUCAACGUACUCGACUUCGAUAACUUAAAUCCGUAUUUCAGCCACAAUGUGUACCAGUCCUUUAUUCCAGAGAAUCAGGUUGGGCCUUUUCGGACCAUUGAGCCAGAGGCGAUAAAAGCUCAGGAUGGAGACAUCGGGAUCGACGUGACUUUAACUUACAGCAUCAGUGCAGUGUCUCCAGACAAGUAUCGGGGAAACUUCGACAUUGACUCCAGCAGUGGAGUUGUGACUGUGCUGACUGCUUUAGACAGAGAGGAGAUGAGCAGCGUGAUCUCUGUCAGCAUCAAGGCGGCCCAGACUGACGACAGUUUGAAGACGGCGGAUGCUGUGGUGUCUGUCACUGUCGAGGACGUGAAUGAUAAUCCUCCAGAGUUUGACCAGCCCGACUACUCUGUAACACUUCUGGAAAAUUCUCCUGUUGAUGCUGCUCUGUUCAAAGCCGUCGUCACCGACCUGGACCAGGGAGGAUUUGUGGGAGAGUUGCAGAUCCUUCCAGAAUCUUCUCCUUUCUCUAUCGGCGCUGAUGGGACGGUCAGAGUGAAGAACUCCACAGUUCUGGACAGAGAGACGACUGAAAGAUUUACAUUUCAGAUCAAAGCAACUGAGACGGAUCCACCCAAAAAUUUUGCAGAGGUGCAAGUCAGUGUAACUCUUCUGGAUGAGAAUGACAACAGUCCUGCAUUCACCAGUAAGAAGUACGAGGGAAAAGUGUUUGCAAAUCAAACAGUGGGAAUGUCUCUGGUCCAGGUUAAGGCAGAAGAUCCAGAUGCUGAUAAGAACGGGCAGAUCAAAUACUCUAUUGAGUUUGGCAACAAUGACGGAUACUUCUCAAUCGAAGAAAACAGUGGAGACAUCACGCUGGCUAAAAUCAUUCCCCUGGUGGAGAACAAGAUAUUGGCAUUCCCUCUCUACAUAACAGCCAGAGAUGGGGGAACCAUAUCCCGCUCCUCCUCAGCACUGGUUAACGUUAGUGCUCCUGGUGACUCUAAACCUCAGUUUUUACACAAAGUUUACCGUGGCACCGUGGAAGAAGAGCACGAAACAGGAGUUGUCAUUCUUAGGGUGGCCUUCAUAGCGGUAGCUACUGAGAUUCCUGUGACUCUCCGAGUUGAUACACAAGCUGACAAGUUCGCCAUCUCCUCCAGUGGUGAAUUCACCACUAAAGUGAAGCUGGACUACGAUGAGGCUCCACACAACUACUCUGUGACGAUCUCCAUCUCUGACGGAGUCAACAGUGACAGUGCAGUUGUGGAGGUUCAGGUCACCGACGUCAAUGACAACAGUCCUGUUUUUACCUCUGAUUCUGUCACAACAUCAGUCCCAGAGGACGCAGAGGUAGGAUCCAAUGUGACUGUUGUUCCCGCUACAGACAAAGACAGCAGCUUCAACAAGGAGAUCAGAUACUCUCUGAGAGGAGGAGAGGGGAAGUUCUCUGUGGACCCUGUGUCUGGGAGGGUGAGUGUGACUGGAGCACUUGAUAGGGAAACUAAGGCAGAGUACAGCCUGCUGAUGGUGGCUGAAGAUCAGGGUCGUCCAGCCAGGUCGGCCACAGCCUCCCUGCUGGUCCGAGUGUCGGACAUCAACGAUAACGCCCCCAAGUUCUCAAAUGCUGAGUAUCAGGGUGAAGUCUUGGAGACAGUGGCAGUGGGUACAAGCUUGCUCACAUUAUCAGCUGUAGACCCCGAUGAAGGAGCAAAUGGGAGCGUUACUUACAGUAUUUUGAGCCAGAGUCCCUCAUCAGACUCUCCUGUUUUUGAGUUGGACUCUUCCAGCGGGACUCUGCAGCUGGCCCAGCCUCUGGACUACAGCGAGGUGAAGGUGUACAGCCUCGUGGUUCAGGCCUCCGAUGGAGGAACUCCCUCUCUGGUUGGGAACGGCUCUGUGGUGGUGAAGGUGAAGGACGUGAACAACAACCCGCCUGAGUUCAGUAAGGAGAGCUACGACGUGGCCGUCUCUGAGAACCUGGCCAGCGGCGCGUCCAUCCUGACCCUGGAGGUCACUGACCGGGAUGAGGGAGGAUUUGUGGGAACACUGCGGGUCCUUCCAGAAUCUGCUCCUUUCUCCAUCAGCUCUGAUGGGACGAUCAGAGUGAGGAACUCCACAGCUCUGGACAGAGAGGCGACUGCGACGAUCAUGUUUCAGGUUGAAGCCAAGGAGACAAACCCACCCAGCCAUAGUGCCACGGCAACUGUAAAUGUAACUCUUCUGGAUGAGAACGACAACAGCCCUAAAUUCACCAGCAGCCAGUAUGGGAGCAAAAUUUUCACCAACCAAACAGAGGGGAUGUUUCUCCUGAAGGUUGAGGCAGAAGAUCCAGACGCCGGUGUCAACGGACAGAUCAAAUACUCCAUCGACUUUGGGAAUCAAAACGAUUACUUCUCCAUUGAUGAAAACACCGGAGCAAUCACUCUGACGAAAAUGAUUCCACUGGAAGCACAUCAAACCUUAGAGUUCCUAUUGUUCAUUGCAGCCAGAGAUGGAGGCAUAGUGUCUCGCUCCGCUUCAGCACAGGUGGAGAUUCUUGCUGUCGGCGAUACAAAACCACAAUUCACACAGAGCACCUACAGUGGCAUUAUAGAAGAAGAGAGCGACCCUGGAACAGUGAUCCUCAAGGUUGACGUCCUUGCAACAGGAGACAUUCCUGUGACUCUCCGAGUUGAUACACAAGCUGACAAGUUCGCCAUCUCCUCCAGUGGUGAAUUCACCACUAAAGUGAAGCUGGACUACGAUGAGGCUCCACACAACUACUCUGUGACGAUCUCCAUCUCUGACGGAGUCAACAGUGACAGUGCAGUUGUGGAGGUUCAGGUCACCGACGUCAAUGACAACAGUCCUGUUUUUACCUCUGAUUCUGUCACAAAAUCAGUCCCAGAGGACGCAGAGGUAGGAUCCAAUGUGACUGUUGUUCCCGCUACAGACAAAGACAGCAGCUUCAACAAGGAGAUCAGAUACUCUCUGAGAGGAGGAGAGGGGAAGUUCUCUGUGGACCCUGUGUCUGGGAUGGUGAGUGUGACUGGAGCACUUGAUAGGGAAACUAAGGCAGAGUACAGCCUGCUGAUGGUGGCUGAAGAUCAGGGUCGUCCAGCCAGGUCGGCCACAGCCUCCCUGCUGGUCCGAGUGUCGGACAUCAACGAUAACGCCCCCAAGUUCUCAAAUGCUGAGUAUCAGGGUGAAGUCUUGGAGACGGCGUCAGUGGGUGCAAGCUUGCUCACAUUAUCAGCUGUAGACCCUGAUGAAGGAGCAAAUGGUAGCGUUACUUACAGUAUUUUGAGCCAGAGUCCCUCAUCAGACUCUCCUGUUUUUGAGUUGGACUCUUCCAGCGGGACUCUGCAGCUGGCCCAGCCUCUGGACUACAGCGAGGUGAAGGUGUACAGCCUCGUGGUUCAGGCCUCCGAUGGAGGAACUCCCUCUCUGGUUGGGAACGGCUCUGUGGUGGUGAAGGUGAAGGACGAGAACAACAACCCACCUGAGUUCAGUAAGGAGAGCUACGACGUGGCCGUCUCUGAGAACCUGGCCAGCGGCGCGUCCAUCCUGACCCUGGAGGUCAAUGACCGGGAUGAGGGUGGAUUCUCCAGUGGUUACUUCCUUUAUACCAAUGACACAUUUGACAUCAACAAACUAGGAGUGGUCUCACUGAGGAAGGACGUCACCUUGGACAGAGAGACAAAGGACAGAUACAUGUUACAGGUGGUGGCGGUGGAUCAGCCCAUUGACAGUCUGCGAUCCACAGCUCAGCUCAACAUCACCGUCCUGGACUACAACGACAACGCCCCACAGUUCCCGAGGAUCCCGGACCCGCUACUAAUCCCUGAGGGCGUGUACUCGGAGGACAGUCCAGGAGAAGUUUUCACCAUCGUGCCCACAGACGCAGACCUCGGGCCCAACGGAGAGGUCACCCUCUCCCUCCUCUCCCCCCACCCACUCUUCAGAUUCAAAGAGGAUGGGAAGUUGCUGGCUGUCGGCUCUCUGGAUCGGGAGAGCAGGGAAACGUAUGAGCUGCUUGUGAAGGCCUCGGAUAAAGGCAGCCCUCCAAGAGAGAACGUCACCAGCAUCAGAGUGAGUCUCAUCGACGUCAAUGACAACAGACCUGAGUUCAGCUCCAGCAGCUACGUCAGCAGCAUCCUUCUGAAAGACGCCGCGGAGGGGAAGCUGCUGCUGACGCUGUCCGCCAGCGACGGAGACGCCGGGAACAACUCGCUCAUCACCUACAGUUUCUCUGCAGGAAGUUCUCCAUAUUUGGCCUUAAACAGCGAGAGCGGAGACGUGACGUUGACCUCUGACCUCGCUGAUGUCACAGAGGACACCACAGUGGUGCUGACGGCCAUGGCCAAAGACCACGGCCAGCCUCCUCUCAACUCCACAGCUCGGGUCGUGGUGAAUCUGCGGGUGGUCAGCCUGUCGGAGGGCGUGGCCUUCCGGAGCUCCUCCUACAACUUCAGCGUCCCUGAGAACCAGCCGGAGGGGGCGGCGGUGGGGACCGUCUGGGCCUCCGCAGGAAGUGACCUUUAUGACGUCGCCUACACACUAAAUACACACGCCGACCUGUUCUCCGUCGACGCCAGCGGAGCCGUCCGGACCAGAGCACAGCUGGACAAAGAAGAGCAGGAGUGGUACAUCCUGGAUGUGGAGGCCGUGGACACGAGGACCCCCCCUACGUCAGCCACUGCAAUGGUCAGAGUCCAGGUGGAGGACGUGAACGAAUCUCCACAGUUUCCCUCUCAGGUUUAUAAAGCAUCUGUGUUCAGCAUCGCCCCGUACAAAACCUCCGUUAUCCACGUCAAGGCUUCAGACCCUGACGUGGGAGAGGGGGGUCAGCUGGUCUACAGUCUGUCAGCAGACAGCGGUUACUUUGACGUGGAGCCGUCCUCCGGUCUGCUGUACGUGGUGUCGGCGCUGGGUCUGGCUGAGCAGACGGCUGCUGUGGAGGUGAAGGCCACGGACCCCAGAGGGCUUCAGGCUACAACCAGAGUGGAGGUGGAAGUGCAUGGAAGUGCGAGCAGCAGCGACGUGGUGGUCAUCUCCCUCAACCAGCCUGCUAACGUCGUGGAAAAGAAAGUCCCGGAGCUGGAGAAGUCUUUGGGUGCAGCUCUGGGCUGGACCGUGAACGUCAUAGAGGUGUCGAGCGCUAACGGAGGAUCGUCUGAGUCCAGAACCUGGAGAGCCGCCGUGAAGACUUUGGUCAGCUUCAUCAGUGUGAACGGACAAGACGUUGUUUCUGCCGAAGAAGUCACAAAGAAACUGCAGAGCCAAUCAGCUGCUGUGAGGGCGGAGCUGGUCAAAGUGUUCGGGGAGAGUCUUCAUUUUGACGUGGAGGUGAAGCCUCAGAGCCCCGCCUCCAACCAGGCGGCUGUCAUCGCUCUGGCAACCUUGUUGGCCCUGAGCAUGCUGGGAUUGAUUGUCGCUGUCGCCUUGAUCAUCAGGUUUAAGAGGACACAGAAACAUCAAGAUUCUGACAAGGAGAGUUUUGACAUCGACCGACACGCUGAAGGUUACACGAACUGGUCACAGGAGAGUCCUGAAACAUCUGAACAGCGACAGACAAAGUCACGUGAGAGGAGAACGGAGGAUGAGCAGCAGAGGACAGACGAUGGCGGGACAGUAAAGACGGACGGUAACAGUGUGAGAUUCAAACGGGACAGGCAGACGGAGGACGAGGAUGAAAGCCGCACUUCUCUCUGAUCUGAACGCAGCAGCUUUCAGUCCGCCCGUAUGGAGGCUGCAGAGUGCCACUAAAAUAAUUAGACUAUACUAACUGAUUAUACUCGGUUAAUAGGUUUCAGGUGAGACACGUUUUCAAUCACAAAAUGGGAAAUGUAAAUGUUAGCAGGAAACUGAAGUGGGUUUUGAUAGACCGAGACGGACACAAAAUAAAAAUGUAAAACGUUACAAAUAAUUUUGUGAUUCCAUUUUACACGUGAAUUUUUUAAAAUAUUUUUAUUGAGAAAGAAAAGUUCGUUCUUGACCUUUUUAUAAAGCAAACUUCAGCCACCGAGGAAGACCGGGAGAUGCUGUUAAAAG